AAGCCCCGCCGGGCCUCUUCUAACUCAGCUCCUCCCUCUGGCAGAGGCCCCGCAGCCGGCCAGCACGAUGCCCCUGCCCGGCGUCCCGCUCCUUCGGCACCUCCUCUUCCUCCUCCUCGCCGUGGCUGCAUCCGCGCAGGUGGACGAGCUGAAGGUGAUGACCCAGACGGGGGAGGUGCGCGGCCUCCGGAUGCCGGUUCUCGACGGCCACAUCGCGGCCUUCCUGGGCAUCCCCUUCGCCGAGCCGCCGGUGGGCCGGCUGCGCUUCCUGCGCCCUGAGGCCAUCAAGCCCUGGAGCCGCCCGCUGGAAGCCACCUCCUACCAGCACGCCUGCUACCAGCUGGUGGACAACACCUACCCCGGCUUCCACGGCACGGAGAUGUGGAACCCGAACCGGAACAUGAGCGAGGACUGCCUGUACCUGAACAUCUGGGUGCCGUCGCCCCGGCCCAAGAACGCCACAGUCCUGGUCUGGAUCUAUGGGGGCGGCUUCUACAGUGGGUCCUCCUCGCUGGACGUCUACGACGGCCGGUACCUGGCGUACACGCAGAGGGUGGUCUUGGUCUCCAUCAGCUACCGGGUGGGGGCCCUGGGCUUCCUGGCUCUCUUGGGGAGCCAGGAAGCGCCGGGCAACAUGGGGCUGCUGGACCAGCGCCUGGCCCUGCAGUGGAUCCAAAGCAACAUCCAGCACUUUGGGGGCAACCCCAAGGCAGUCACCAUCUUCGGGGAGAGCGCCGGGGCGGCCUCGGUGGGGAUGCACCUCCUCUCCAUCCAGAGCCGGCCCCUCUUCCAGCGGGCCAUUUUGCAGAGCGGCGCCCCCAACGGGCCCUGGGCCACCAUCACCCCGGCAGAGAGCCGGCGCCGCGCCACCCUGCUGGGCAAGAGGGUGGGCUGCCCCUUCACCAACGACUCCGAGCUGGUGGGCUGCCUGCGCUCCAAGACUCCGCAGCAGCUGAUCGACGAGGAGUGGUCCGUCCUGCCCUCCAAGAGCAUCUUCCGCUUCUCCUUCGUCCCGGUCAUCGACGGAGACUUCUUCCCCGACACGCCGGAGACCAUGCUCAGCACCGGCAACUUCAAGGACACCGAGGUGCUGCUGGGGGUCGUGAAGGACGAGGGCACCUACUUCCUCAUCUACGGGGUCCCCGGCUUCAGCAAGGACAACGAGAGCCUGAUCAGCCGCGAGGACUUCCUGGAGGGCGUGCGGAUCGGCGUGCCCCACGCCAACGACAUCGCCGCCGAGGCCGUGGUGCUGCAGUACACCGACUGGCAGGACGAGGACAACCGGGAGAAGAACCGCGAGGCCAUGGACGACAUCGUGGGCGACCACAACGUCAUCUGCCCGGUCAUGCACUUCGCCGCCCGUUACGCCGAGCAGGGAAACAAGGUGCACGCCUACCUCUUCGACCACCGGGCCUCCAACCUCAUCUGGCCGCCCUGGAUGGGCGUCCCCCAUGGCUACGAGAUCGAGUUCGUCUUCGGGCUGCCCCUGAACGACAGCCUCAACUACACCGCCGAGGAGAAGGAGCUGAGCCGCAGGAUGAUGGGCUACUGGGUCAACUUUGCCCGCACGGGGGACCCCACGGAUCCCUCCGACAAGGAUGGCAGGUGGCCCCUCUACACGCCGUCGCGGCAGGAGUACGUCAGGCUCAACACCCAGCCGCUGAGCACGGACCGCAGCCUCCGCGCCCAGAUCUGUGCCUUCUGGAACCGCUUCCUGCCCAAGCUGCUCAACGUGACAGAGUCCGCCAGAACUUGCACUGAUGCCGCUUGGGGGCCCUCCCCCACACACGCCCCACUCCUCCCCCUCCUCCUCCUCCUCCCAGGGCACCUCCUGACUUGAACACCCCGCAGCACGGAGAGGAGAGGGUGCCCUGCACCUCGGGGGGACCCCUUGGGAGAGCACGUCUGCAUGGAUUGAGCUGCUCAAACGCUGCCGCGCCGC